CAAUCGACAUCAGUUGCAUUCGAGCAUUACAGCAAGCAAGUUAAAAGCAAACGCAUCACUGCCAAAAGCACAAGAAGCUACUAAGCAACCGCCACUACAUUUACUAUCACAUAUAAAAUGCGUUCAUUCUGUACUGUAUGUUUCGUAGCCUUGAUCUUGGCCGUCUGCAUGUGCAGCUUCGGCGAGGCGGCCUACAGGAAGCCACCAUUCAAUGGCAGCAUCUUUGGCAAACGCAACUCCUUGGAAUAUGAUAAUGCCAAAGCUGUCACAGCAAUGUGCGAAAUUGCAUUGGAAGCGUGUCAAUCAUGGUUUCCACAAGGCGAAAGCAAAUAAGCCAACUCCAGGGGUGCGGACCGAAAGCCAUAAAUAAAGCGCCGGAAACCCAACGAUAUUCUAUAUUUAUAUCUAAAAUUAAGUAAAAUUAAUAUAAACGUGGCUUUAAUACAUUUCUACGCAUAU